AACCGGGCCUGCUGCGCUUUUCUAGAUCGCUUGGAGCCGAGUAAACACCGCGCGAAUGGUGAAAUCGGUGCUCUGAGAAAGUUACUGAAAUCAUGAAUCCUGUGUAUAGCCCUGGAUCUUCUGGGGUUCCCUAUGCAAAUGCCAAAGGAAUUGGUUAUCCAGCUGGCUUCCCAAUGGGCUAUGCAGCAGCUGCUCCUGCCUAUUCCCCUAACAUGUAUCCUGGAGCAAAUCCUACCUUCCAAACAGGUUAUACCCCAGGUACCCCGUACAAAGUCUCCUGUUCACCCACCAGUGGAGCAGUGCCACCGUACUCCUCGUCACCGAAUCCCUACCAGACUGCUGUGUACCCAGUCAGAAGUGCCUACCCACAGCAGAAUCCAUAUGCACAGCAAGGCACUUACUACACACAGCCUUUAUAUGCAGCACCACCCCACGUAAUCCACCACACCACAGUCGUGCAGCCCAAUGGAAUGCCAGCAACCAUGUACCCUGCUCCGAUCCCGCCGCCCCGAGGGAACGGGGUCACCAUGGGCAUGGUGGCUGGGACGACCAUGGCAAUGUCAGCAGGUACUUUGUUGACAACUCAUUCCCCAACUCCAGUAGCCCCUCAUCCAGUUACUAUGCCCACGUAUCGGGCUCCAGGAACACCAACCUAUAGUUAUGUGCCCCCACAGUGGUGAUCAUCCUGGCAGUCAGUGUUUGAAGAUGGGAGAUAUGCAAUCAAGAAAUUGAGGUUUAAAAGUUGGUGCUGAAGCCCUCAUGCCUCCAACCAGGACUUUCCUUCUGAAUGCUUUCAACACUUGGCUAAACACUACUAAUUCCUGAUCACUGAAGAUUUUCCAGUGCUGCAUAUCUUACAUCUUGGAACUCCAGCAGUUAGUCUUAAAGCAAAUCCUGUUUUGUGGACUGUCUUGCAAUUUUUUAGCUAAUUAUAACGAUAAAAAGGGAGUAUAAAUUUAUUCUGAUCCAUAUCUAGUUGAAUGCAUGUUAAAACACAAAAACAAAGCUUGCUCAAUCUACCUGCAGUGACUGAUGCAAAAACCAUCAUAUGCAAAUCCAAAGGAACCGAAAAGUAUUUUACAACUUGUAUCACUAAUGCACUGUUGUAAUGUAUGCAGGGUCUGAAAAGGUAGAAUCAUGAAAGUGAGUUUCUUUCUGGAAUACCAUAACAUACAUUAGAUAAGUGCUUCAGCCUUUUUCAGGUUGAUGGAGUUGCCAGUUUAUAAAAGGGGCAUAUUUUUAUUUAAGUGAUGUGUUCUUUUCAAAUUCAGCUACUAAAUUGGAGUGACUGGAAAAUGAGUCAGACAAGCUGUAGAAAUCCCGCACACAAUUAGUUUACUUCAUACCUUUUCAUUUUCAUGAUACGAAUUCAGUGUUAUACAGAUGUUCUUAGGAUCAGAAUGAGAUGACAGAGGUAAUGCUGUGUGUGCCAGUAAAUAGGGCAAACUUCCUUGAGGCAAAACUGGCUCGUAGGAAUAGUAGGAGGUGAUACCACCUGCAUAAUGAUUGCAUGUCCUGGGGAGAUUUCUAUCCAGUACCAUCCUUCAUACGAUGCAAGACGUGUCAAAGUGAGACUGCCACACAGACUGAUAGAAAACACUUUCUUUUAGUUCUCAGUUGAGGAAAUCCGUGCUGUUUUUCCUAAAGGAUGUUGUAGUCAGUUGAAAAUGUAUGUGCAGCUGAUCCAGCUUGCUUUCUGGACACUUAAGAAGUGCGAGGGCUUUCUGCAGCAAACAGUUCAGCUGCAUGUUACUCUGAGGAAAGCUUGUGUGCCUGAUGAGUAUGUUAAAGGGGAACAAAUCAUUUUAAUGCAAUUUCCUUUAUUAGCUCCUUGCAGUAUGGACUAUGGAUACUGUCUAGUAGGGCUGCCAGAGGUUUCAAAAAGCAGUUCUCUCUUUUUUUUUUUCUGAAAAUAUCUGUAAUUGAAAUAGGAGCCACUUGUUGGUUACAGCAUUUUUGUGUUUUCUUAGUAUUUUCUUUUUUUUUUUUUUUACUUCCUAAAUUGCACUUGGAAACACGUAAAAUAAGACUCAAAAAUAAGACUCAACUGCAGAUUAGCAUUCUCGGUGAGUCAUUUGUGAUAUUCUUUCUUGCAACUUCAAUUUUUAAAGUACCUCAAAGCGAAUGCUGUGGGUAUAAAGGGCUAGCCUUGGAACCCAUUUGUAUACCAAAAUCGUUAUGGGAGAGAUUUUAAAUUUUUAAUUUGAAUAUUGCACAUUAAAGUGGAGGUUUUUCUUAAACCUGCUUGACUUACAAUUCCAGAAAGAUGCAAUUUCCUUUUUUUCUUUUUUUUGAUACAUUCAAUGCCUGCAAUAAAUUAUGCAGUAAAUGGUUAUAAAAUGUUGUUCCCUUUUAAGCAUUUACACCGAGGUAUAUCAGGCUGUAUUGUUCCCUUAGGUUAAUUUCCAUUCAGAAUUAAAUUUUUUGAAGUUGUGUAUCUAGUUACGCUUUGUUUUGGGGUGUUCUGCUCCUGUACAGAUUUGGCAGCUGCUUUGGGGCAGCAUCAGUGCUGAUUUAGUGCAACCAUCCCAGUACUCUGCCCUGGUGGGAGGCUUGUGUACCUUCAUACCCCACUGGUGGUUAGAGCCCUCAGUAACUUUAUUUUUUACAGUAAGCACUCUGUAUUUUGUACCCUUUUUUUUUUAAUAAAGUUUAGGUUUCUUUUGCAUGAAUCACUGUCAGUGGAUGGCCCCCUUAUUUCUAAUGCCUUGAACAUAACUAUGUUGUUAGAGUAAGUACUUUAAACCUUAUUCGUGAGCACUUAACUGCAGCUUAGGGAUUUCCAUAUGUUUUUUUAUAUGGAGCAGAAAAUCACCCAAGACAAACUUAGUUGAAUCGGUAGUGCUUUGUUCAAGUCUGUUUAACAAUUCCAUUUGUGUAGUAGAUGUGCAGCUUUGAUUAGUGGGGUGUGGCAGAGCACAAUGAGCAUUAACACAGGGCACUUGUCCUGAGCGUGGUUUUAACCAGGAGCUGAGGUCUGGAGCAGGGCUGUGUUGGGGAGGAGCUGGGAAGGCCAAGCUGAAAGCUUUGCUGUCUCCUGUCUCGUCACCAUAAACUGAAGCUUUGAAAAUCAUAGGAGAGAACUUCCAUGAAUGCUGCAAUAGAGAAACAGUUGAGGAAUGAAUAUAACUUCCUGUAUAUUUGCUCUAACUUCAGAUUCCUAAAUGUCAUCUUGGAAUUGGUCUCCAUAUAGUAUUCCGUAACAUUUAGGCAGUCUCACUUACUUGAGCACUUUUUUUUCUAAGUUGCAUUAUGGGAUUCAUCCAGGAGGGAGAAACUGUACCUUUUCCAAAGGUACUGCGCCUUCCAGUUCUGAGCGAUUCUGAUCUGCUGGGAGGCUGGAGCGUGUCUCCAGGAGUUGUUAUGAAAAGUAACCAAAAGCACAGUGCAGGGGGACGGGGGAAUAUGUGUAUAUAUAACUAUCUUAAUGGUAUUUUGUUGCAAAUAGUAGAAAGCAUGGAUAUAAAACUGCAGCAGGGGAAACUGUACAUCAUUAAAUAGGCGUUUACACAGUGAGGGUCUUACGAAACAUUCUCUCCUGCUUUUUAUAUAACAUUCCCUAUUUAGAAUUCCUUUAUAAAUGAAUACGCAGUGUGUGUUUGCACAAGAGCUCCUCAGCAAGUGAAAAGAGCUAGUGCAGUAGAGACAUUUCAGAUCAAGCUUCUCUUUAAAAAAAAAAAAAAAAAACCAAAAAAAAAACCACACAGAAAAACUUUUAUGGCAGCUUUAUAUGAUUAAAAAAAAAAAAGUACUACUAUAAACCUGGAACUGAAAAUAACUUGCAGCAAUAACAAAGAGAAGUCCAAGAAAGAUUUUUUUUUUUUUUUGGUUAAAAUUCAAAUUUCAGGUGUUGAGUUUGGAUAAAGUAUUUUUAAAAAACUGAGGUAUUCCCUAUGUCAGUAACAACUGAUGAAAAUGUCUUUUAAAUGUAGCAGCAGCAAAAGAAAAAUGGCUAAUAAUUGGCACCAAAAACAUGUAGCCCUAGUCAGUGGCAUGGUGGUUAACUAAACACUAGGAAGGAAAAGAGAGAACCUACUAUUAGAUGUUGCUUAUGCUUGUUGUAACCAUCUCCUGUUUGAAGUUUCUAGGAGACAUGCAGGAAUGCUGUUCAAGAAAGCUUCUUUUUGAGUGUACUAUGCAAGUUAAAUGCUUAGAUGCAGUGGUAGACAAAAAAAAGUCCUUUAUUUUAGUUGAAGUUCUUCCUUGUAUUGCUUCAUCCACUGAAAAAAACUAACAAAAACCAGAACCAAACCACCACCACCUGUAAGUACCACCGUGUCUUAGUGUUGUCAGAGAACAGCUGAUGGUGCAGAGCUGUAUACCAGGGUACUCAGCAUUGACUGCUCUCCAUGGAGCCUUCUGGCUUCGCUGCUCCUUGGGUAGUAAGGCAAGAGAUGGUCAGGAUUGUCUUGGAAUCACUCCCCAGUGCUUCAGCACAGUAUUUUAUACACUGUUCAUUUGGGUUUUGCUUGAAUAGGUGAGCACAGCAAUGCAGUACCACCACCUAAGCAGGCGUGAACUCAUCCCAGGAGUAGUAAGUACGGUGCGUGUGAAACCUCCCAUCGUAGGAUCGUGAGCGAUAGCGAUGCUUCAGCUGGAGCUUGAGGGGAAGGACAGACACGGUGGCUGUGCCUGGCCCGAGGGUGCCCGGGCUGUGCUCUGUGCAGUGUUCCGUGGCAAACAGGCCCAGUCACCCCAGACUUCUCCAGCAGGUGUCAGGCGGCAGCCUCCGUGUCCCAGAGGUUGUGACGCUGUAACAGACACGGCGAUUUCAGCUCAUUCACAUUGUUCUCAUUAGUAAGUGUCAGCUUUCUAAUCCUGUAUUGUGUCAGCUCUGAGGUUCCUGCAGAGCCCUCACACGGGAGCUCCUGCAGCAGGGAAGGGCAGUUUGUGCAUCAGGGCUCACCCAGAGCCGAGUUGGUCCUGAGCUCUCCUCCGGAGCAGCGAGGACUCGGCAGGCUGUGCACCUCUGUCAGGGGUGCUGAGGGGGAACGAGGGCUGUUGGGCAGACUGAAGAGGAGGAAAAGGAACAGUGCUUAUCUGGGGACAAGAGAACCUUUUCUUGUGUGGGUUGCAUAUAACACUGAAACAUCUGAAUUUCAUGCGUAGUAAGGGUCCAUUUGAGAUUUGUAAAAUUUAUGGGCUCUGAAGUUUAAACAUCGAGAAAGUGAACAUGACUUUUCUAAACUGGUUGUGACUUUUGGGCACUUAGCAGGCAAACUGGGAAAGCUUUUUUAGCUGGCUGCUGUACAGAUUUGUUUUAAGUAGAAGGGAUUUGUUAGUGGGUUUUUUUUUAAUUGUAAUGCUAUUAUUGGCUGCCCUCCUGUCUAAGAUUUAAAAAGUGAGUGCAUGCAAUGGAAGUACAAGAGGCCCCAGUAAUAGUUCUCCAUGUUUGUUAUGAAAUAGACACAGGUUUCCUUUUUAUGACUUUUUUUAAAACUGUCUUAGGAACAGUUGUAUUGGUACUUUUUUUUUAAGUUUAGGUCAAUGUUGUCUUCCAGAAUAAGUUUUAAGGCAUCACUCACUCCUGCAUUGAACUAUCGCAUCAACACAAAGAGUGGAGAUUCCAUUCUGAGCCAGUUCAAUUGUGAAAAUUCAUACUUUUUUAUUUUUUAUGCAAUUCAAUGAGUAGAUGAGCUCAGAUUUAAAUUCUUAAAAGCACGUUUAUUGUAACAAGAAUUGUUAUGUAUUAAUACUUCAGUUUUCAAUAAAGAUUGACUUGUGUUGCUUA